GGUGGAAUGAAUGAGAAAAACAUGGAGGUUUUGUGAUAAACUAGUAGUGUCCAUGAAAAUUUAACAUUGUUUUCUGGGUUUGGUUAUAUAGUUUUUGCUUACUCGGAGCUGUGUCUUGGUUUAACUGGGGAACUGAUUAGAUUAGUGGAAUACAUGGCUUCGUCCGAAAUCGAGCCAGCUUUACCGGACUCGUCAGGAUCAUUGGUUUUGAGUAGAGCCGACGAGUCAGAUCGUCGUUUCGCAAAUCUCAGGGGAGUUCGGUGGCGUGUGAAUCUCGGUGUUCUUCCGUCUUUCUCUUCUUCAAUCGAUGAAUUUCGUAGAGAAGUAGCCACUUCUCGACGAAGAUAUGCUCUUCUCAGGAGAAGUCUUUUGAUCAAUCCACAAGUACUCAAAGAUGAAUAUAGUUCAUCUAAUUUCUCCAUUGACAACCCCUUGUCGCAAAAUCCGAAUAGUACAUGGGGUCAAUUCUUUCGUAUCGCGGAGUUGGAGAAGACACUUGACCAAGACUUGUCGAGGUUAUAUCCAGAACACUGGUGUUAUUUCCAAACGUCUGGCUGCCAAGGAAUGCUGAGACGCAUUCUCUUGUUGUGGUGCCUGAAACAUCCCGAGUAUGGUUAUAGGCAAGGAAUGCAUGAGCUUUUGGCACCUCUCCUUUAUGUACUUCAUGUUGAUGCCAUGCGUCUUUCUGAAGUGCGUAAAGACUAUGAAGAUUAUUUUACCGAUAGAUUUGAUGGUUUGUCUUUGGAGGAAAGAGAUAUCACUUGCACUUUUUAUUUUAAUAAGUUUAUGGAUUCCAUGGACGAUGGAACUGGUUCCCAGGGGUUUUCAAAGAAAAUGAAAACAUUCGAUGAGCUUGAUCCUGAAAUCCAGUCCAUUGUGAUGUUGAGUGACGCUUAUGGGGAAGAAAGUGAACUUGGCAUUGUCUUGUCUGAAAAAUUCAUGGAACAUGAUGCUUACUGUAUGUUUGAUGCUCUAAUGACUGGGAAUCAUGGAUGUGUUUCCAUGGCUAGCCUUUUUUGUUACUCUCCAGCCAGCGGAUCUCACACUGGCUUGUCUCCAGUUCUUGAAGCUUGUACAGCAUUUUAUAGUCUCCUGGCUGUUGUUGAUUCAUCUCUGCAUAGCCAUCUAGUUGAACUGGGAGUUGAACCUCAGUACUUUGGUCUUCGUUGGUUGAGAGUUUUGUUUGGAAGGGAGUUUUCGCUUCAGGAUCUCUUGUUAGUGUGGGACGAGAUAUUUUCAGCAGAUAAUAGUGCAAAGACGGAUACAACUGAUGAUGAUAGUAGAAACCACAGCUUUGGGAUCGUUGAGUGCCCUCGGGGAACCUUAAUCUUGGGAAUGACUGUUUCGAUGAUAUUAUAUUUAAGAUCUUCCUUGCUUUCUACUGAGAAUGCAACAUGUUGUCUACAGAGACUGUUAAAUUUUCCAGAGAUUGUUGACCUGAAUAAGAUAAUACAGAAGGCCAAGAUGUUACAAGCUUUGGUUUUGGAUACUGAGGUACAAUCAGCUCUGUCAAUAAAUGAUGUCUUUGACCAGAAUGUACGGGCAAGAACUAAAAGUUUUCCAUCUGGCUCCACUUCACCUAGAUCUCCUUUGAUUCUUGCACCUGAAAGCUAUUGGGAGAAGAAAUGGAGAGUUUUACACAAAGCCGAAGAAGAAGAAAGGCAAAUUUGUUUGGAGGAACAGAUUCCUGCAGCACAGAAGAAAAAGUGGUGGUCGAAAGUGACAAGACUUUUCGGAGCAGUGGGUGAUCCAUCACAUCAUAAGGCAGGAAAUGUGAAAAAGGAAGCAAACUCAUCUCCAGUGACACAAAGUUUGCUUGAAGAUUUGUCUCAAGAGCUCAGUCCCAACCUAGAGGAAGCUAAUAAUUUGAUAGAUGAUGAUGGUCUUGUGACUAUGAACAUGGAAGACAACCCUCCUCAAGAAACUGUAGAAGGCAUUAUGGAUGUUCAUUCUGCUCAUGAAGAGAGUUUUAUAAAUGGGAAUUCACAGAGUGAGGAGAAUGCAUCUGCAGUCUCUUCAGACCCUACCAGUCCUGUCAGAGGUGGUUCAAACUACCUUGAGAACGGUUCAAAUAGCAGUACUGGAUUAAAUGUUCCUGAUAAGAAAGGUAAAAGCAUAGAUUCACCCAGUGAAGAGAAUUCAUCUGUCUCCUCAGAUCCAAUCAGUCCUGCCAUAGAGCCAAGUUACAGUGCAAAUGAUUCAGAUUGCGGUACUGGUUCAAAUCUGUCUCCUGAUGGAAACUACCAAGAUCCUCAAACAAGUUUCAGUUCACCUGUUUCUGUAUCUCCCACUCCUAAAACUGAGAAUCCAGUAACUCAGUCUGACGAAGACGAUUCCAAAUCUGUGGGCAUUACGAAGGAGCACAAGGUUUUGCAUGGCAUAGCUAGGUGGUUUCGGAAGCUUAAACGCACCUUUUCUAGUGAGGAGAUUUCUGAUAGAAACGCUUCUGAUGCCACAAAAACCAAUGGUGAAAUUAAAAAUAAUCAAAUCGGUUGCUCUUCUGAGUCCCUCCCCCAAGCUUCAUCUUCUAGCCAAAAUGGAGACUCAGAUCAGAAUCUUAUGAAGACUCUGAAGAACCUUGGCCAGUCCAUGCUCAAACACAUUCAGGUACUCGAGUUGGUUUUCCAACAAGAACCUGGUCGGGUUCAGGCAGAAAUGGUAGGGAACUUAGCUAAACCCGAUUUGAUGAUAAAGGGACAAGUCACAACUACAACAGCACUUAAGGAGCUUCGGAAGAUCAGUAAUGUGUUGUCAGAGAUGUGAGGUGUAGGGUUUUCUCAUUCCAUUUAGCCCAGCUAUGUAUAUACAUUUUGAAAAUGUCUAUUGUUUUAUGAGUAAAAAUAACUAAUAGGAGGCUAUCUCUUUUCAGUCGAAGUGUGGUUAGAAUGGUUUAAUUUUGGUGUUAAGACUUAUGAUCAACUUCUUCACCAUGUAUUAUAUUAAUGGACUUUUACAUAAAAAUAACAAAUCUUCUUUUC